CUCGUUUAGAAAUCAUUAAUGAAGUUCGAUUUGGCUAUAUAAACUAACUGAUCCAUUGGUCAACAUCAACAGUCGUCCGACUAGCAGCCAAGUGACAAUAUCUCCCAGUCAAGUAGCAAAUCUAAAUCAAAAUACCAAAAACCAAAAUGUUCCGCAUUAUCGCUGUGAUCUUCGCCCUGGUUGCCGUGGCUUUCGCUGCUCCUGGCUACAUUGAGCCCUCUUACGGAGUGCUGCCUGUGGCCAGCGUGGUGCCCGUGGUGAAGUCUGUUCCGGUGGUGAAACACGUUCCGGUGGUGCAGCACGUCCCAGUGGUGAAGCAUGUGCCAGUGGUGCAGCAUGUGCCCGUGCUGAAGUCCUACGCUGUUCCCGCCUACGGACACCACAUCUACCACGGUUAAUUUGGAACUUUGGAAGAAGCUCAAUCGAUAUCGUCCCGGAAUAAAUGAAAUACUUAUGCUCGUAAAA